AGGCCACAAAAUGUAAAGAAGUUGUUCAAUUUGAGGUAUUCUUCUUUGAGAAAUGCUGUGGAAAGAUCUCUAGGUAUCUUGAAAAUGCGGUUUCCUAUUCUAAAGAUAUCUAUAUCCUUUGAUAUGAGUAUGCAAGUGGAGCUUGUAAAGGUAUUAUGUUGCCUUCAUAAUUUCAUU